GACUAACUUGCUUCAUAAGUAAGUUAAGUUUGGAAAUAUUUUUAAAACUCGUUACGUUAUUAAACUAAAUGCUUCAUAAGUAAGUUAAGUUUGGAAAUAUUUUUAAAACUUGUUACGUUAUUAAACUAAAUGAGCUCAAUGGAACCGGACACGAGCCGAUCUUAAAUAAUCAACUAUACUGGGCUAUUUUAACAAGAGUGAACCUAUUAAGAGCCCAUUCCAGAACAGUUACACCUUCUUAAAAGAUACUCCUUCUGUCCCAAUUCACUUGUCCCAGUUCUAUUCUAACUGGAUAAAAAAAUUAGUUAUAUCUUUAAAUUUGUAAUGAAUUUUUUAUCCAAUAUGGAUCUUGUUUGAUAAAUCUUGAUUUGUUUUAUAAUACAAUGUUUUCAAAAUUACCUAAAACAUUAUAAAUUACAAGAUAUAAUCAAUUGAAAAGUAGCACGAACUCCCAAAAGUGACAAUUAAAUUGGGACGGAGGCCAAUAGUACUCCAUAAGUACUUAUUUUAUAUUUUUAAACUCAAAAAUAAUGUAAAUGAAAAAUAAGUUUUCGAUUUUUUUGCACCGUAUUAAAGAUCUCAAUGAGAUCUUUCAAAUAAUAUUCAUAUUGCAUAUUUUUAGAUUUCAAUAAACCAAUCAUUUUUUAGCUUGAAAUUGUCUUCUUAAAAAAUAAAUACUUAUUUGACAUUCGGAAAUGGGGCCUAAAUAGUAUAGAGUUCUUCUAAUAAAAAAAAAAAAAAAAUAGGUUAGUUUAGAGUCUUCAGACAAUAAUAUGACUUUUCAUUUUCAGAAAUUUAAUGAGCUCAACAAAUUGGUUGGCUGGUCACCACUUUAUUUUGGGUCCACAACAUUGAAUACUCCUAGUACGGAGUACUUAUUUCUUUUCUUUUCUUUUUUGUGCAAGGGAACAUGCAUGUGCAUUCUUAUGAAUUUUUUCGCUCAUAACUUUUUCCUUUAUUUUUUAUUUUUAGUAAUUUUUUGUUUGAUUUUUCAUUGUAAUUUUUAAGAUUAAUCAUUCGUCUCAAUGAGAGGAAUUGAAAAAAUAUAAAAAUAUGGACCGAUAUUGAAAAAAGUUCAUAUAAAAAGACGCUUUAAAAGGGGAAAAAAAAAAAGGACAACUGUUUGAUAUUUUUUUCGUUUUUAGUGAUUUUUUUUUCUUUUUGUCAUAAUUUUUUCUCUUCUUGUUGUGACGGAUGAUUAAUCAAAAAAUAUUAGGCAAAUCUAACAAAAAUUUAAAAGAGACGAACAAAGCACACACAAAAAAAAAAAAAAAAAAGUUUAAGUAGCGAAUGCUUAUGACGAACCUAAUCGUGUUUUGAUUGUUGAAAAAUGUACUUUCUUUCUCAGCGACACAAUAUUGAUGACCUACCUAACUUGAAGGUUUUUUAAAUCAUUAUUUGAAAGCUGAUUUGUCUUAAAUUAGCCGAAGAGUCAUAUUUUUGCCUUUUUUAAUUUUCUCAACGUUGCGACAAUUUUGAAGAAAAAAAGUAGUAAUAAAUUGACUAGAUGAAUUAAAAAAAAAAUGAAGAAAUCGACCAGAAGCUAACAAGUAAACUACAAUCGGGAAAAAAUUAUGGAAAUUUUUGACUUCCAUUUUUUUAUUGUUUGUAAACAAAUAUCAACUGACCAUUUGAAUAAAAAAUUCUAUAAGCAACGAAUAAGUAAAGUAUUUUAUAUACCUUUGGUCACAUAUAUUAAUUAGCUUGUAAGCGAUACUAACUGACCAAUUUGAAUUUUUCUUUUUUUUUUUGACAAGGCCUUUGAAUCUUGUGUUGCUUACAAAAUUAACUACCUUAAAAAAGUGUUAAAUUUAAAUUUUAUUUGUUUUAUUAUUGGACGGCUAACUCCAAUCAAGUCGGAUCGAGUAACAAAACAUGCAGAGAGUUAUAACUUUUCAAUGACGAACUUAGGCCAUGUUUCCACUAACAAUUUUGGAUAACAAGUUAUGGCAAUUUAGCUUGUCGUUUAGACUAAACAACAAGUUUCGCUCUCAUUUACAACUUAUUAGUUAGUAAAAAUAACUUGACACUUUUCAACAACUCUCUCAACAAAUUUAAAAUUUUUCAACAACUUAUUGAUUACUGCGACACCCAAAUUUUUACAUUGCCUCAAAAUAAAUACGUCUCUAAUAAUUACAAGUCUCCAGAACAAAUAUAUACACGGUGGCCCUACUAUAUAACGUACUCUCAAAUAAUGAGAUUAUAGUACUAAACUUUUUUAGUCGUUUUAUAUGACUAAAUUAAGAAGGUUACAUGAGGUGUCAAUCAAAAUAAUGGAAACAAUAUAUGUGUCAUUAACGUACACUUAGCUUGUCAAGUGAUCAAAAAUCCCAUCAUGUGGUGUGUACUCCAUGGAAGUUUCUACUAAUUUGUCUACUAAUUGAUAGUAUACCGUAGAGAAGGAAAAAGAACAAAAUGAAAAACUAACUAAAAUAAAUAACAAUAAGUACUUUAUUAUUUAAAUUAAGAGUGAUGUAUUAUGAGAGAAUGAUGUGUCUCAUAAAACGAGAAAUAAAUAUUUAAAAAAAUAAAAUCUUUACUGGAAACACUCCUAAAAUUAUAUUUAAACUUGUUUAUAACAUCACAACUCGAUUGAGUUUACACUUAAGCAAUCUGUUGUAUUUGAGUGGAAGUAGCUGCAAAUGGUAGCGUGAAUGCAUAUAUAACAAGUUUAAGGUAUAUCCCAACGAAUUUGGUCAAGUUAGCAUGAAAAAAUAAUUCGUGUUGUCCUCCAUAACGUUAUGUUCAAUUAGUUCUUUGAAACACUAGAGGGUUUAUCUGGUUAUUAACUUUAGGGCUCCGGAAUCAGCUGAGGUCCAUCACAAGCUGGUCCGGAUAUCCGGUUAUAAAAAUAUAUGGAUUAGAAAACAAAAUUUUGACGUAUUUCCAUAAGCAGGUGUUUUGAGAGAAAAUCACGCAACCAUGACCAAAAAGAAAAGAAAAGAGAAAAAUAAUAGUAAUAAGCUUUCAAACGUAGUUUCGUCGACCAAAUUUCUAGAAAUUGACCCCUCGGUUUUUGUUUUGAAUUUUCUUUCUGUUGAAAUUUUGCAUCGAGGAUUGACCUCAACUAGUCCUCCACCGUUUAUGGAAAAAUCACAGCUUUUUACAUUUCAACGGAUGAAUUGAAGGUUCAAAGAACUACCCUGUCUGCCUAAUAAGUACCCACUAAGGCCAUGUUUGGUUGCAAGGGCCCGACCUACUCAAAAACAGGAAAACGGAAUUGGUUGCGUGAUUAAGAAACAUUAGGGAAAAUCACGCAUAUUAUCGCGUUCCGUGUUUCGUUAACAAUUUUUUUUUUUGGGUAACUUUGGUUAACAAAAUGUUAGAUAAACGAUUUGAGAUAAGAACCAUCAUGGAGAAUAACCUAUAUUAUCAUGUCCUCUGUUUGGUUAAGAUCAUCUCGGACUAUUACUAUCGCAAACUUAAUAUUUCUGUAAGUAAUUUUUCUAUUGAUCCCAACUCCUCCUAGGGAUUGAGCUCUCUCACAUUCAUUAUGAUGUUGUUUCGUGUCACAUUACCUUAGUGUACUUUUCUUUCCUUAUCGGGACACCUAAGUUAGAUAAACGGUUCGGACAAAUCCAAUCUCACCUCUCUUUUUCAAGUAUCAAGUAAACAACAAACAUGGCCUUAAUUACAAUAGUCAGUAACCAGGAAAAGUAGCUAAACGUCCUACCGACUGUGGAUGCCCAAAGGACCAGGCAAUUAUUUUGGGUGGUUGAAAAUCUUGUUGUACUAAACGCCCUCUGCCAUCAACAUGGUUUUAAUGCCCUCCAGUUGCCAAAAGGCCUAACUCACGAGAAAUUUUAAAGUGUCGAGCGGGUAUAUUCCACGUGAUAUCUGUUCGGCGCAUCCGAGCCGUCCAAUACAUUUUUGGACGGCUCGGAUUGAAACCCUUUCAUCCCAACACUUUCUCUCUCCAAAUCCGAGCCAUCCAAAAAUGUAAUGGACGGCUCGGAUGCGCUGAGCGGGCACCACGUGGUACCCGCUCAGCACUGAAAAAUUCUUCCUAACUCAUGGAAUACACAUAAAAACUAUCAGAAGAGAGCAGAGCUCUGUAUCAGGUAUCUAUUUUUCCAUACAAGAAACUGAAUCAUGGAGCAAAGAGGGGAGGUGUCCCUUAAGAAGAAAACUGAAUCUGAAGAAACAACAGCAAAAGAAGAAGCAACAACUGAUAAGAGAGGUGGGGAAUGUGUCAAUGGAAGCAGUAGUGCAGAGCAAACCAAGAUUCUCCUCAUGAGAGCCUUUGUUGAGAAACAAGAUCCCUCUUCCAAGGAUGUUAACGAUUAUAUGAUCAGAAGGUUUCUCCGUGCUCGUGAUCUGGACAUAGAGAAAGCUUCUGCUAUGUUCCUUAAGUACCUGAAAUGGAAACGGACAUUUAUCCCUACCGGUUGCAUAUCUGCGUCAGAGAUCACUACCGACCUAGGACAGAGCAAGGUGUUUACUCAAGGGUCGGAUAAAACAGGACGUCCGAUAAUGGUCGUCUUUUCUGGAAGGCAUUUCCCCAGGAAAGGAGGUCUAGAGGAAUUCAAACGUUUUGUGGUAUUUUCUCUCGAAAAAGUUUGUUCUAGGAUGCCAGAAGGACAGGAAAAAUUUGCUGUUAUUGGUGAUAUGGAAGGAUGGGGAUACGCAAACAGUGACGUCCGUGCGUACCUGGGAGCUCUUACCAUUUUGCAGGACUACUAUCCCGAAAGACUUGGGAAGUUGUUCCUCCUCCAUGUGCCUUACAUAUUUAUGGCAGUGUGGAAGGUUGUAUAUCCAUUUAUUGACGACAAUACAAAGAAGAAGAUCAUAUUUGUCGAAAACAAGAAAAUGAAAUCAACUCUGCUAGAAGAUAUCGAUGAGAGUCAGCUUCCGGAGAUUUAUGGAGGCAAACUACCAUUAGUUCCCGUACAAGACAGCUAAUUAGAGCACUAUUACUUGGGAAGUCCCUGUAGAACUAAUCAUGCACCUUCAUUCAUAAAUUUCUGUCAGGCAAUAUUUCACCUGCCUCAUGCUGUACUAGACCAUUAAUAGGUAUUAUAUUGUUGAGAUUCAAAGUAAAACCAUAGACAAAUAUAAUGUGUUAGCCUUAUGUUGAUCAGCCACGCAUAUAUUGUUGGAGGGUUGUAUCAGCUAUUCAAAUUUAUCAGCUAAAUUGGAAAGAUUUCAGUA